AUGAUUGUGCAGCAUCCGGACGUGUCUCUUUUUGGACUAAAAGUUCAGAUUGCAGAGAAUUUGUUCUCUCAGUGGCUUUCGCUUCCAGACACUUGUCGAUUGGUGAAAUCUUUGAUUGAUGAUGCAAAGGCAGGGAUUCCCAUUACUGCUUCUGGGAACUCUUUUAAUGCUAACGUUUUUGGGAACAAUGCUGUGCCUUCCAUGUUUUCUGCUGGCAGCACACCUCCACUCUCACCAAGAAGUUCAUCUGGGUCGCCUCGCACAUCAAAGCAAAGAACCAGCCCUUCAUCUUUAGGUUCUCCAUUAAAAUUAGUUAGUGAACCAGUGCGAGAAGUCAUACCUCAGUUUUAUUUCCAAAAUGGGCGUCCACCCACGAAGGAACUGAAGGAACAUUGCCUUUCUAGAAUUAAUUACCUGUUUAAUAAUCCUUUAAAUGGGUUGCAAAUAGAUGGUAAUAUUUACAGUGUUUUAAUACUGAUGUUACAUGUCAUAAUUCUUUGUGGUGAUUUCCCAGCUGAAACUGUAAUCUACAGAAUAUUUUAUUACAUGAAUAGAUCAGGAAAUGGCCGUCUUACUCUCAGGGAGCUGAAACGUGGGAACCUUAUUGCUGCAAUGCAACAUGCUGAAGAGGAAGAGGACAUCAACAAAGUUCUUAGGUACUUCUCCUAUGAGCAUUUCUAUGUUAUAUACUGCAAGUUUUGGGAGCUUGAUACCGAUCAUGACUUUUUGAUUGAUAAAGAGAACCUCGUCAGAUAUGGUAAUCAUGCCCUUACCUAUAGGAUUGUUGACAGAAUAUUCUCACAGAUUCCAAGGAAGUUUACCAGCGGAGUUGAAGGGAAAAUGGGUUAUGAAGAUUUUGUGUACUUCAUGCUAUCAGAGGAGGACAAAUCAUCUGAGCCCAGUCUCGAAUACUGGUUUAAGUGCAUUGAUUUGGAUGGAAAUGGGGUGAUUACAUCAAAUGAAAUGCAAUUCUUCUACGAAGAGCAGGUUCAUCGUAUGGAAUGCAUGGCCCAAGAACCUGUCUUAUUUGAAGAUAUACUGUGUCAAAUAAUUGACAUGAUUGCACCAGAGAGGGAAGACUAUAUCACACUACGUGAUCUGAAAGGAUCCAAGCUAUCAGGAAAUGUUUUUAAUAUUCUUUUCAACCUCAAUAAGUUUAUGGCAUUUGAAACUCGUGACCCAUUUCUCAUCCGCCAGGAACGUGAGGAUCCAACUUUGACGGAGUGGGACCGCUUUGCACACAGAGAAUAUAUUAGGCUGUCCAUGGAAGAAGAUGUGGAAGAUCUCUCAAAUGGAAGUGCAGAGGUUUGGGAUGAAUCAUUGGAAGCUCCUUUUUAGUUGAUUGAGCAAUCCAUAAAAGGGCACUCUGUUCUUCCCCCAGUUUUGGGCAUGGCAUGAUAAGAACUGGUUACUUGGCAAAAGAUAGAUUGAAACUCACUGGUAGAUGAGAUCCUUAUUGGCAAUGAAUUCCAAGCAUGAUCAUGUUUUCAGUAGGCAAUUAUUUUGGCAAUAGAUUGCCUUGUUGCGUUAAAUUCAUUUUCAGGAGUCCUAGGCAAAAUUCUGAGGAAUGGCCAAUUACUUGGCAUAGGAGUGAAGAGUAUUGCUAGUUGCUCUGCUCAAAGAGAAAGAUGUUGGCUGGUAGGUGCUUUAUUACCAUCCAGGUAAUCGGUAAACCCUCUACAGUAGCUGAAUAUUUACCGAAAGUCAGCUUCUUCUCUGUUUGUAGAAUUCUUGCUUCUGCAUGCCUUUGCUUUAUAUGCCAAAGGUCGGCAUGACUGUCCCGGGGUUUGUUCAGUGGUCGGAUGCUGUCAUAGUUGCUGUCCUUUCAGUUUUUCUGUCUAGUUUCUAUGUGCUUAAUAUGUUCUUUUAUUGGAUUUAUUAGGGAAAAAGAUGAAACUGUGAGGAAAAAAAAUAGUAUAAGUGUAGUAAUUUACAGGUCCAAUAAGAGUUUUGUUCAUAAGUCGCUCUUUUCAUCUCAAGUCUCUGUUCCUUUGAACCCGGGCUCAAGUUGAGCAUGCCUUUGGGCUGAUUCCAUGAUCAACUCAUAGCUGAAUAUGCCAUAGUUGAAGUCUCUUGUUCUGAA